AUGAGACAACACGUCCACCAUAGUUGUUGUGGAUAUCGACUUGAACUACAUAGAAGUCACCUUGAGCUAAACAUUGUGGUUGUUGACCGUUGUGAUAACAGAACUGUUGGUUAUUGCAUUGAGUUUGGCAUUGGUAUUGUUGUCCGUGAUAUUGAUUCUGAUAUUGUUGUCCUUGAUACUGUCCUUGAUAUUGUUGUCCUUGUUGGUAGUUUCCGUUGUACAACUGUCCUUGGUUGUAUCUCUGACCGUAUUGGUUGUAUUGAUUGUACUGUCCUUGGUUGUACUGUCCUUGGUUGUAUUGCUGACCAUAUUGAUUAUAUGGAUUAUAUUGUCCUUGGUAUUGUUGACCCUGACGGUACAGCAAAUCCUGGCUGA